AUGUCAAAAGAGAGGGCUGCGAGCGAGAGAGAGAGAGAGCGCGUGGUCAGCACGAAGAAGAAGCAGGGGGAAUUGUAUCGUUCCUCACACACGCCUCUCAUCCGAUUUUGUCUUCCCAUUUCUUAUCCAUUCUUAUCCUUCUUCACCACAAGAAGAAUGGAUCAUUGUUCCAACGAAAACCCCAUGGCUUCUCAGUUAGACAUUCUCCGAUGCCCUUUCUUGAGGAACAUCAAUGAGCCCACCAAUCUCUCCUUCUCUUCAUCCUUGCCUUUUCCCAUGCCUGUACGAGCAGGAAAAGGACCAAUUUUUGAAGAUGGGCCCAAUUUUGAUACGGCAUUUAGGCUCUUCCAUGGUCAAGACGGAGUCGUCCCGCUCUCCAACAGCCCUCGAGCUGAAGCGGACAAGCCUGUGCUCUCCUCUCCUGUGUUCCAUCCUCUUGCUGCUAAGGCGGCCACAAUCAGUCUCUCUUCCUUUGGAGCUGGAGGGCCUUUUGGGUUUGAUGCUUUCUCUGAGAUGUUCAAAAACCAAAAGAAGAAGUCAAACUCAUCCAAGAAGAAGGAUUCUUCUUCCAAGGGAGGAAAUCAUGAAUCUAUGAGCGAUGAUUGGCUUCAAACAGGAAACUGCCCGAUUGCAAAGUCAUAUCGAGCUGUGAGUGGUGUGGCGCCGCUUGUGGCAAAGAUGAUGCAACUCCCUCCAGGGAUGCAGUACAAGUGUCCUCCAGCAAUAGUCGCAGCUCGUGCAGCGAUAUCAAAGACGGCUUUCGCCAAGAACCUCCGUCCACAGCCUCUAUCAUCCAAAGUGCUAGUGAUAGGGAUGCUUGGCAUGGCGCUGAACGUGCCUCUAGGGGUUUGGAGAGAGCACACCGAGAAGUUUUCAGCGUCUUGGUUUGUAGCUCUUCACGCAGCGGUUCCGUUCAUAGGAAUACUGAGGAAGUCGGUGUUGAUGCCUAAGAUGGCGAUGGUGUUCACUAUAGCAGCGUCGGUUUUGGGACAGGUGAUUGGGUCGAGAGCAGAGAGGUUUAGGCUCAAGUCCUUAGCUCAGAAGAAGCUGACAUUGACGGGGACAAAUACGUCGUCCGUGGAAGCAAAUGAGAUGGAGUUUGUUGCCGGAGUUUCGUCGGAUGGAAGGUGCGGUGAUAAAGUGGUGAUGAAGUGGAAUCCUAUGUUGCUUGAUGUUGCAAGCCCUGUGUCUGCAGGAGCAGCUAGUGUUGUCUGCUAA